AUGACAUCUGUUAAGAAUAUUUUGUACCGUAACUUUUGCUUAGCGAAGAACAAACUGAAAUGGUUAGGAUUUGCCAUUAGUGAUCAUUACAUGAUCUUCGUUGUUCGUAAAAUAAAUAUCCAGCGCAAACAAAACAGUCACAAGAAAGUGGAAAUUCGUAAUUUAAAAUAUUUUAAUGCUGAGAGUUUUCAAGCUGACCUGCGUGGUCAGGAAUGGGAAUUAUUAGAUAACAAUCUCUGCGUUGAUAAGAUGUGGGACACAUGGAAAACACUUUUCGUACGAGUUCUUGAUAGGCAUGCCACAAUCAGGGAAAAGAGAGUUAAAAGUAAACCAAAUGUUCCUUGGCUCACUAGUACAAUUAAAAAACAAAUCCGCGAUCACCUUAAAUCUCUUGCUAUUGGACAUAAAUCCGAAAAUUACUGGAACGCAUACAAAACCUCUAGAAAUCGCGUAACUGAUGCAUUGCGAGAAACAAAAGCAUCAUAUUAUAAAGGAGAAUUUAAGAAAAUCAAACAUGAUCCCAAACAAGCAUGGAAAACUGCAAAUAAAAUCCUAAACCGUAAACAAGAAAGUAGAGAAAUAGAGAGGACAAAUUUCACAUCCAACGGAGUUAGCGGAGUGUUUCAAUAA